AUGCUGCUAGGCAGACUCCGGAAGAGCAGGGCGUUGACAAGAAUGUUUGUGGCAGAUCUCGGAUGUACUAGGUGUGAUACGGCAGUUGUCACGUCAAGAGGUGGGAUGUGGUGUACAGUACUGUACACCAUUCCUGCGAUGACUCAUAAUUAUGCACUUAGCGGGGUGAAGCUUGAUGAGGUGCUUGUGGAUCACUUUUCAAAAGAGUUUUUCCAGAAGGAUAAGGUUGAUCCGGAAAAUGAGAGGUCACUUGCCACACUGAUCCUGGAGCCUAAGGGGACGAAUAGGCUUUUAUCGCUGGGCACCUCGGCCACCAUUUCUAUAGUGCCGCUUGUUGAUGGAAAUGACUUCCACUCCACCAUUAACAGACUGCGGUACGAGCUUUCCCCAAAGGUGUUCAACCAAAUUGCGUUUCUCGUGGAGGAAAUUGUGAAGAAAGCGGCGCUGGACAUGUUAGACAUUACGAGGUUUGUAAUCCCCUCGGGCGGGACCUCCCACCCCCCCAAAAUCGCCUCUCUCAUUGCCAAAUUCAGUGUCCGUAAAUGCCCGAGUAAUACUCACAGCGGCACUCAAUACAUCACAACUCUCGGCCCGUGGAGCAGCAAUCCAACCUUCCCUAAUUGCCAAAUUCAACAGGGAAAGACAUCGAGUAAUCUACCCACCCUUCAGUACCCGUAG